GGUCGCCUUCAGCGAGUUCUUAGACAGCGUCCACGUGCUGGGGUACGACGACGAGACGGAGGUCAAGGAGCUCUUCUCGCUGCUGCAGGUGCGGGUGGGCAGCCGCUACCUCACCCUGGACGACAUCAUCUUCCUGCAGAGGUGGGACGACACGAAGCGGGCCCAGAUUUGGAAGAAGAGGGUGGGCACCCAGUGGAUCAACCGCGACCCGGACAUGAUCAGGGGGCCGAACCCCGCCGUGUCUGGCCUGCUCCCGGGCCUGGUGGGGCAGAGCGACGAGGAUCUGUCGGCGCCCGCAAGAUCUGGGUACUCCGACAUGGUUGCCCUGGACCUGGAGAAGCAAGC